AUGCCGCUGAAUAAACUUUUACAGAAGCAAAAUAUCGACUUAGUUGAGGCAGCCAGGGAGAGCCAGGUUCUUAUAGCAACAUUCCGUGCCGAGAGAACGGACGAUUCUGUGUGGGAUGAGCUAUACGGCAAAGCAGUUGCCAUGGCCGAGGUGCAGGAAGUGGAACCUUCAAAGCGAAGAACAGCUCGACACCAACGCCACCGUGGCAACGUUCCCGCCGAUUCCAUCUCGGAAUACUGGAAAAGGGCGCUAUUCUCUCCGUUCGUUGACCAUCUGGUUGUAGAACUAGAAGAUCGCCUUGUGAUUGCCAACGACAGAUUCAAAGUACAGUAUCUGAUACCAAGUCUUGUUCAUGAACUGACAACUGCUCAAGAAGAUGCAAUAUUUGAUGCGUUUCAUUACGACUUCAGUGGAGAUCGUGAAAGCUUCAGACGUGAAGUUGCCCGCUGGAGAGUACGGUGGUCUUUGGAAGAAACAAAGCCUUCUGACAUUGGUGCAACGUUAAAAGACACAAACAAAACUCUGUAUCCAGACAUUUUCAUAUGUCUGGUGGUGUUUAUCACCAUGCCAGUCUCAACAGCCUCGGCUGAGAGGCAGUUCAGUAUCAUGAGAAGGGUGAAAAACUACAUGAGAUCUACUGUGUCCACUGAACGUAUGUCUGGACUAGCAAUGCUGCAUAGUUACAGAACUAUAGACAUUGACAUUGAAAAUAUUAUCAUACAGUUUGCUGGCAAAAAGGACAGAAAAUUAGACUUCUUUUAG